AGUGUCAAAACCAAAAACUUAAAUGUUUAAAUAAAUAUAUUUAGAAUAAAUCAUAAAAUGAUUAAGCUGCGAAGUCUUCGAAAUCUACUCUAUAUUGUAUAUAUAUUGUUUUCUAGAAUAACAUUAUGCCAAAGCAAACAUUUUGUUCCAAAAAUGAAUGUGACGGAUAUGCUGAUGCUGGGCGACGAAGAGCAUGGUUUCAAUUUUAAUGAGGAACAAUUAGUAAAAUAUAUUGAUAGAGGACCCUACUUCGAUACGACUGCCACCAAAAACGUAACGUCUCUCGUUGGCAAAACUGGACAUUUAAAUUGUCGAAUAAAAAAUCUGGGCAACAAAACGGUAUCUUGGAUAAGACACAGAGAUUUGCACCUAUUAACAGUAUCGGAAAGUACAUAUACAUCGGACCAAAGAUUUUCGGCAAUAUAUAAUAAGCAAACUGGCGACUGGUCAUUACAGAUCAAAUAUCCACAAAUAAGGGAUUCCGGAGUUUACGAGUGCCAAAUAUCAACAACACCUCCAGUGGGAUAUACAAUGAUUUUCUCUGUUGUGGAACCAAUUACAACUAUACCAGGAGGACCAGAAUUAUACAUCGAUUUGGGAUCAACUGUAAAUUUAACUUGUAUCGUCAAACAUCUUCCUGAUCCACCCCUAAUGGUGCACUGGACUCACAAUAAUCAAGAAAUUAAUUAUGAUUCGCCACGUGGAGGAGUGUCAGUUAUAACCGAAAAAGGUGACAUAACGACAUCUUAUUUGCUCAUACAACGGGCCCAGAUUUCGGAUUCUGGGAAGUAUACUUGUCUGCCAUCUAAUGCCAACUCGAAAUCCGUUUAUGUCCACAUAUUAAAUGGAGAUCAUCCAGCGGCAGUCCAACGAGCAUGCACAUUCGUAGGAUUAAGCUUAAAUACUUUAAUAUUGUUAAUGAUAAUUGCACAUAUUUAGGGACGUAAUUGAAAAACAACAAAAUUAUUGAUAUUUGUAA